UGUGACUCACAUCCUGCACCCCGGGCCUAGGAAACAACCCCAGUGCCUUGCGAUCUGCUUUCGGGGACUGUCAGUGGCUCUCUGCCUCAGAUGAUCGAUACAUUUACGAGGAUAAGAGGGAAGGAGUGAAUAAGGAUCAGACUAUUACCGUAAGCUGACAGGGGCGCCAUGGCAUCAGCGCCCUCGGAAAGUGACGCUCUGCUCGGAGGGCGUCGCUCCCCCCCGCCGAGGUACUCCAGCAUCAACCCCUUUGAUGCGACUGAGGAAAAGGACGCGCAUCAGGCACCCAAGCACUCUGGUGCAUCUGCAAAUGUUGAAAGUCGAGGUCCCAUCAACAGUGGUCCUCCGGCAGGUCACCAGGCAGGUCACCAGGCAGGUCACCACGGAGGGCACGUGCAGCAGCCUCCCAUGCAACCAGGUUGGUGGUCGUGGAUACCCGGGCCUGCGCAGUACUUCCCUCCCGGCCUGGAGCACCUGAGCCACGUCGGCGAGCUCACCAUCUCGAAACAUGGGCGGAAGGUGCGCGUGAGCCGGGAGGAGGGGCAGCAGGUGUACGUGGUGCGCACCUUCCACCCGCGGUGCUGCAGCGGCGGCGGGGACGCGGCCGCCGUCACCAUCAAGCUCCUGAACAACGCGCAUCUCGACGUCCUCAGCCUCACCAGGACCGACGAGGAAUCCUCCUGCUGCACCUACACGCCCACGCAUCUGGAGGUGUGCUUCCCGCCCGGCAACAUGGUGGGCGUGGUUCAAGGAUCCCCGAUGGAGUACACCGUCCACAACCCUUCGGGAGAUCUUCUGUUCCUCCUCCAGAAGGAACCCGAUAGAUUAUGCUCCAGGGGCGGAUACGAGGUUAUUUCGGCGGACAGAUUCCCCCUUGGGAGAAUAUACCUGGCGAAGACCUCCUGCUGCUCCACGUCCAAGGAGGUGAAGGUCUGCUUCCCCAUCAACCUGGACUUGAGGUCGAAGGCGCUCAUCCUGGCUGGUGCCUUGUCUAUUAGAGACCUACACUGGAAUUAGUCAUCACCUCUCCCGCCGGGACCUGUUAGAGUGUACUAGUAUGUGUGUUUGUGUGUGUGUGUGUGAGAGAGAGAGAAAGAGAGAAAGAGAGAGAGAGAGAGAGAGAGAGAGAGAGAGAGAGAGAGAGAGAGAGAGAGGGAGAGAGAGAGAGAGAGA